UUAUCUUGCUCUGGUCUUCAAUGGCAAUUCUCUCGACUUCUCACUUACUAUUCCACUGUUCAAAGCCCGAGUCAGGCUGUUCUUGGAAACCCAUUUGUUUCCCAGUAAAGAUAGCAACACCUACCCGCAAUGUCCCCGAGAAACUUGUGCUCUCUCCUCGGAGUGUCAAUGAAAAGAUCUCUGACUACACUUUCCCCUCCAAUGGCCCUCUUCCUUUGACCCCCUCACCACCAAAUGAUGAGUCAAGGGUGAGGCGGCACACGAUUUCAGUUUUUGUUGGCGACGAAAGUGGAAUGAUUAAUAGGAUUGCUGGAGUUUUUGCUAGGAGAGGGUACAACAUCGAGUCUCUUGCUGUUGGUCUGAACAAAGAUAAAGCACUCUUCACCAUAGUUGUCUCUGGUACUGAGAGAGUGCUGCAACAAGUUGUGGAGCAGUUACAAAAGCUUGUAAAUGUCUGGAAGGUUGAUGAUCUCUCAAGUGAACCCCAGGUUGAACGUGAGCUAAUGCUAAUAAAAGUGAAUGCCGAUCCACGGUUCAGAGCUGAGAUCAUGUGGUUAGUAGACAUCUUCAGGGCAAAGAUUGUGGAUAUCUCAGAACACUUGGUAACUAUUGAGGUAACUGGAGAUCCUGGCAAGAUGGUUGCUGUGCAAAAAAAUUUAAUGAAGUUUGGGAUCAAAGAAGUUGCUAGAACAGGAAAGAUUGCUCUUAGAAGGGAAAAAAUGGGUGCAUCUGCUCCAUUCUGGAGAUUUUCAACUGCUUCUUAUCCAGAUCUUCAAGAAAAAGUACCUAUCAGUGGUGUUGCUGGGGCCAGAGAUAGAUCAGUAUUUAGUGAGGCUGAUGUUUCUGGAGGGGGGGAUGUUUAUCCAGUAGAGUCGGCUGAUGGUUUUACAAUCAAUCAAGUUCUUGAUGCUCAUUGGGGUGUCCUCAAUGAUGACAACACGAGUGGACUUCAAUCUCACACUUUAUCCAUGAUUGUAAACGACUCUCCCGGAGUUCUCAACAAUGUUACAGGGGUUUUUGCUCGAAGAGGCUAUAAUCUUCAGAGUUUGGCUGUUGGACAUGCUGAAACAGAGGGGCUCUCUCGCAUAACAACAGUUGUCCCCGGUACAGAUGAAUCAAUUAGUAAGUUGGUGCAGCAACUCUGUAAGCUCGCGGAUAUUCAUGAGGUACAAGAUCUUACCCACUUGCCAUUUGCUGAAAGAGAAUUGAUGUUGAUAAAGAUUGCUGUGAAUGCUGCUGCUCGACAAGAUGUCCUCGACAUCGCCGACAUAUUCAGAGCCAAGGCUGUUGAUGUUUCUGACCACACAAUCACUCUAGAGUUAACGGGAGAUCUAGACAAGUUGGUUGCACUGCAGAGAUUGUUGGAACCCUAUGGCAUUUGCGAGGUUGCUCGAACUGGGCGUCUAGCGUUGGUGCGAGAGUCGGGUGUGGACUCCAAAUAUCUCCGUGGAUACUCUUUGCCUUUAUAAGUUAUUUUGGAGAAUCAAUUCCGGAAAGGUUGAACAAUCAAAGCUCUGGCGCUUCUUCUAUCUGAAA